GUUUUGAGGGGGCACAAAACAGUCCUAGACAUUAAAUUACUUAUGAUAUAUUAGGAAGAAAGGCCACUUAUUUACCGCUGUUGAAUAAAGUUGCAUCUAAGUUGCAUAGUUACAAAUGUACUUCUGUUUUUCCCAAUAGGCCUUGAACAGUAUCAAUACCUGUACCUGUUUCCACUUGUACAUUGAAUCCAUUUCCUUCAUAUGAAGUCAAGCAUGUGUUUGUUUUUAAUGAUAUGCAUGGAUGAGAAAUAGAGAACUGGGGAGAAAGUAAACCAAUAGCAGAAAAGACAAUAAAUAGCCCAACCCAGAAAAUCAGUACACCUCUUAAAGAAGCAUCUCACAUGUGCAUAUGUUUGGCAGUUACCUAUUCAGCAAACUUUUCAACACCAAAUGAUUGGCUGCAGAUCUGACAAAGAACAUAUUAACCACAGCAGGGAGCUUCUCUGUGUGUCAGUCCAACAGUGCAUCAACCCCUUGUUACAAAAGCUUGUCCGAAGGUUAUUUAAACACUGUCCAACUACUGGAGAGAGUCCCUGCAUGAACAUGAACAUCGCAGCAGUAAAUGCUCUCCCUUAUGAGGAUUUUGUGGAUAUUCUGGGCAACGUGGUGGAGAAGUGUCCCAUAAUAACAGCUGCUGUGUGGUCGGGGCGUCCCUUCCUGAGCCUGGCUGCUUUGGAGGCUGCAAUCAGUGAAUUCAUCGAUGCUCUCCCAGAAUCAGGUAAAGAGGGGAUCCUCAGGUGUCACCCAGAUCUCGCGGGAAGAGACCUCCAGAGCGGCUCGUUGACCCGGGAGUCCCACGAGGAGCAGGCAGGGUCCGGGAUGGGUGCUCUGAACUCGGGGGAAGCCUCGCGCAUGGCCCGGCUCAACCAGGAGUACAAGGGGCGCUUCGGAUUCCCGUUUGUGAUCUGCGCCCGGAUGCACGACAAGGAGAACAUUUUACGACAGCUGUCCAAGCGGUGCCAGAACGAGCGCGCGUUGGAGAGGGCGCGCGGCAUCGAGGAGGUGAAGAAGAUAUGUCACCUGCGUCUGCAAAGCCUCGUGCUCACUGCCAACAGGUUAUGAACUUUUACUGGAGUUUAUAUUGGAUUAGUGCCAGUGUGACCCGGAUGUAAAGACUGCCAUUGUUCCCACGCCUGAUAGGCUUUGUGAUAACUUUAUUCCAAAUGUGUGUUAAUCAUACUGUACAAUUAAUUCUUUAAACAAUAACAUAUAUGCACCGUUGAUUCUAAUUUAUCAAUUUACAUUAUAUAACCUAUAUACAAGUGGAUAAUAUGACAAAUACAGUCAUAUUACGCAUAUAUACAUUAAUAAACUCACAUGUUUGAGGUGUAACAUUUGAUUCGACCAUUUUACAGUUUGUUGAAUCCAUGCUGAAUGCUGUUGCCUGUUGAAGGGGAAAUAAAUGUAGUCCUUGCA